GGACGGGGGGCAGCAGCGCCGGGCCGGCUCCCCCUUCCCCUCCGGACGGAGGAAGAUGGAGCUCGGGUAGCGCGGGGUGCGGGAGGAGCAGCGGGAGCAGGUAAGACAGUGAAGUCUUUAACUGCUCCAGAAGAGUGUCUGGAAAGAAAAUGUCUCUGGCAAAUAUGUAUCAGGCACAUGAUACUGCAGAGCUCCAAAAUCAGAAGUAAAUCAGCUGGAUAGUUGCCUCCUGUCUUCCUAAAUAGGCAAACAUACUAGGAACAGAAAAGGGGCCUACUUACCUCAUUCCUGGAGAAGGUGGGUUUACCAGUGUGGAUGCCUGCCUCAUUUGCUUCACCAAAAUGAGUUAGGGCAUGCAGGAGAGAAGGGGGAUUUCUGCAAGUAGAACCUAUCAUGAUUUCUCAGGGGACAAAAUUUUGUUUAUUCAUACCUUCUACUGUGGCAAAAAUGGAUUAUUUUCCUCACCAAAAACCAGCAGCAUAAUGCCCAUCCAACACCUGCCUCAAGGAACUCUUAUUUAAAGUCUAUUUGUAUUUCUCUGUAGCUGUGGUGCAAUCAAGAGCCAACCAACAUCAUCUGCUGCCAGUAGGAAAUCUCCAUGUCAGUCCUUACCCUUGGCACAGGAUAAAGUUGCAAUUGAACCUAUGAGGAGGAAUUAACAGGAAAAAUCCAAUUCAUGUUCAAAGAUGGAUUCUUUGUAGCCCACCAGUGAGUCCUGCUGCUGCUGCUGCAUGUCUGGCAGCACCUCUGGAUGAGCACAUGACUCUUGAUAUGGAUGCAGUCCUGUCAGACUUUGUUCGGUCCACAGGGGCAGAACCAGGUCUGGCAAGAGACUUACUGGAAGGCAAGAACUGGGACCUGACGGCGGCUCUGAGUGACUAUGAGCAGCUCCGGCAGGGCCACACGGCCAGCCUGCCCCGGGCCUUCAACGAGGGCAGGCCCUGCCAGCAGGAGCCCGAGAACCCGGCCCCGCUGCCCCGGGAGCGGCCCUGCCUGCACAGGCAGGAUGACAUGGCCCAAGGUGAGCAGCCCUGCCUGCACAGGCAGGAUGACAUGGCCCAAGGUGAGCAGCCCUGCCUGCACAGGCAGGAUGACAUGGCCCAAGAAAAGCGCCUUUCCAGAGGUAUUUCCCAUGCCAGCUCAGCCAUAGUGUCCCUUGCUCGAUCCCAUGUAGCAAACGACUGCAGCAAUGAGCAGUUUCCUUUGGAGAUGCCCAUCUACACAUUCCAACUGCCAGACCUCAGCGUGUACAGCGAGGACUUCAGGAGCUUCAUCGAGCGCGACCUGAUCGAGCAGGCGACCAUGGUGGCCUUGGAGCAGGCAGGCCGACUCAACUGGUGGUCCACAGUGUGCACGAGCUGCAAACGCCUGCUGCCCCUGGCCACCACAGGGGAUGGGAACUGCCUCCUGCACGCUGCCUCUCUGGGGAUGUGGGGAUUCCACGACCGGGACCUGGUGUUACGGAAAGCUCUCUACACCAUGAUGAGAAGUGGAGCUGAGAGGGAAGCACUGAAAAGGAGAUGGAGAUGGCAACAGACCCAGCAGAAUAAGGAGUCAGGGUUGGUGUACACGGAGGAGGAGUGGGAGCGGGAGUGGAACGAGUUGCUCAAACUGGCGUCGAGUGAGCCCCGGACACACUUCAGCAAGAAUGGAGGCACCGGUGGGGGAGUGGAUAAUGCAGAAGACCCAGUGUAUGAGAGCCUGGAAGAGUUCCAUGUUUUUGUCUUAGCCCACAUUUUGAGAAGACCUAUUGUUGUAGUAGCAGACACGAUGUUACGAGACUCAGGGGGAGAAGCGUUUGCACCGAUACCAUUUGGAGGAAUUUAUUUGCCACUUGAAGUUCUCCCAAACAGAUGCCAUUGCUCACCUCUUGUGCUGGCCUAUGAUCAGGCCCAUUUCUCUGCUCUGGUUUCCAUGGAACAAAAAGACCAACAGAGAGAACAAGCCGUGAUCCCCCUGACUGACUCUGAACACAAGUUACUGCCUUUGCACUUUGCGGUCGAUCCUGGGAAAGACUGGGAGUGGGGAAAAGAUGACAAUGAUAACACCAGACUGGCCAAUUUGAUUCUGUCUCUUGAGGCAAAACUUAACCUUUUGCACAGCUACAUGAAUGUAACAUGGAUACGCAUCCCUUCCGAGACACGGCAGGCCCCUUUGGCUCAACCAGAAUCCCCUACAGCUUCAGCUGGGGAAGACGUGCAGUCUCUGGCUGACUCAAUGGACUCGGACCGAGAUUCCAUCUGUAGUAAUUCCAAUGGCAAUAAUGGCAAAAACAGUAAAGAAAAAGAAAAGGACAAACAAAGGAAAGAUAAAGAUAAAACCAGGACGGAUUCAGUUGCCAAUAAAAUAGGAAGCCUCAGUAAAACCCUGGGAAUUAAACUGAAAAAGAACAUGGGUGGUCUUGGAGGGCUGGUGCAUGGCAAAAUGAGCAGAGCCAAUUCAGGGAAUGGAAAAAAUGGGGACACAGUAGAGAAGGUCAAAGAGAAGAAGUCCAAGUCUCGAAAAGGGAGCAAGGAGGAGUCGGGCCAGUCUGCGAGCACGUCUCCGUCGGAGAAGACCACCCCGUCCCCGACGGACAGAGCCAGCAGCUCCCCCACGGACAAGGGCAGCGCCAAACCCUUCCCUGACAAGCAGGCUGACCCCUGGAAGUACAGCACUGAUGUGAAGCUCAGCCUGAACAUUCUGAGAGCUGCCAUGCAGGGUGAACGGAAGUUUAUUUUUGCUGGCCUUCUUUUGACCAGUCACAGGCAUCAGUUCCACGAGGAGAUGAUCGGUUAUUACCUGACCAGCGCCCAGGAGCGAUUCAAUGCAGAGCAGGAACAGAAGAGGAAGGAAGCUGAGAAAAAGGCUGCACUGAAUGGCUCAUCUAGUAGGAAACUGGAGCCAGAAGCAUAUUCAAAAGAAAAAUUGGAAACAUCUCCUCAGGAUAGGGCAUCACCCGUCUUGCCUCAAAGCCAUACAACCCAGCUGGUUUUAAAGUUCAAAGACCGCACUAGUCCCACCCCCGGGCCCUUCUCCUCCCCCAGCAGUGGUGCCAAGAGGAGCGGCCCCAUCCCAGUGUCUGCCCACUACAGCCAUACUCCCCCUGUCCAAAGGCAGAGUGUCAUCCAUUUGCAUGACGUCAACUCCAAGCCAUCGAGCUUCCAAGACGACACCUACAAGCCAGUGGUGGGCACCUUGAAGACCUGUGCCACCUACCCCCAGCAGAACAGGUCCCUGUCCUCCCAGAGCUACAGCCCAGCCCGGCUGCCCGGGAUCCGCACGGUGAACACGGUGGAGUCGCUGAGCUGUGCCCUGCCCGCCGAGCACAAGUCCCAGACCUACACCAACGGCUUCAACACCGCGGACAUCAGGGACUGCCUGGAGUACGCGGAUGAGGACGCUCCCCAGACCUGGUUGAACAACGACAAAAACCAAGGCAGAAGCACAGUUUGCCCAAUCUACUCCAUCCAGCAGAACCGCUGUAAGAAGGAGAACUGUUCCUUUUAUGGUCGUCCUGAGACUGACAAUUACUGUUCCUACUGCUACAAGGAGGAGCUGAAGCGCAGGGAGAGGGACAGCAAGGGACACAGGCAUUGAGGAUUCUUCCUGACUACUUAGUUUUACCAUUUUCUUACUUACAAAGUAAACAGUGUUGGAUUGCAGUAAAAGGAAUCCUUAAAACAAGAAUAAAGGAUUGAUGAGUAAAUAGUGUCUAGCUUUUCGCUUUUCCGGGGCAAUGAGGAAAUAAUAGGAUUAAUUUAUCAUAAAAAUAUUAUUUUCCAUUUUGUCAGUGUCUUUUUUACAUAUACUGGUAAGCUGAAGGGUUGUUUACUCCUUUGUCAGUGCUGUGUAUAUGUUUGGUCAAAAAUUUACUAAUGGUGCCUGAAUUUACACUGACAUCACUCAGGUAGUAGAAUGAUAGGGGCAAGUCAUAAUAACAGAGAUGUGGUGUUGUGGUAGGGUAGUGUCUGCCUUGCAGACCUUUGAAAUGAUAGAGCUAUUAUGAGAGUCUUUUUCUCAGUAAAACCUAAAUUUUUCAUAGCCUUUUUUUUCAGGAGGGUAGUGAUUUUGCAUACUGCACAUUUUUAACAUGGCAGCAUAUUGCAUUGCUACUAAUGUUUGUACUUACUUCACUCUGAAAUGGAAUGAUUCUGGAAAAAUGAGACUGAAAGGUCUGAAUUCAUGAGGGCUGUAGCUCUUCCUGACUUUAAGUUCUUACCAAUUAUUUCUACAUUGCCAUUAAAAAAAAAAAAAAGAAGUAGAUUUGAACCACUUUUAUUUGCACUGAAUUUUUAAACAGGUUUUAUAAAAAAAUUCAUUAUGACUUUCAAGACUUCAUGUCCCAAAACCACCACAUAGUAUAGUUUUGGGCACCUGAAUUUCAAAAGUAUUUUCAUUGCUGUUAAAAUGCAGAGAAAUAUUAAAAUAAAAUUAAAAUAUAAAAAUUUUACUACAUUUGGAAAAUUUAAUGACCAGCCAGGAAAUUUAGGAUCAUUUUAGAUCUGAAUGAACUGCUUGUCAAAAGAAAUGUAAUGUAUCAAUUUAUUGCCUUAGCUAGUGCAUGAGCCUAAUCAUUAGUUAUUUAUUCAUUUCUCAGCAUUACUGAGUGAUAAUUCUUGCAAGCCUAACUAUGUGAGCCUUUCUUGAAGACUGUUGGCUCCACCUAUUUCCAAGUCUUCUCUCAGAGUGAGUCAUCUCCGCCCAGGAGGUUCCCAGAUGGCUGUAAAAUACCUCCAGCAGGAAUGGCAGCUCUGAGCACAGAUUUGCACAAGCCUGAUAUCCAAAUAUUUACAGAAGUAUUUGCAAUACUUUUGAAAAUAAAACUUAGCUCACAGAAACAUUUCUGUAAAGAGAUGCUGGUGAAGUAGAUGAAUGACACAAGAAGGUUUCCUUGAAGGUUUUGCACCCUCCACCAUCAGUGGUACAGUGUAGGAACAAGAGCUCAGUGGCUCAUUUACUCUCCCCUUACACACAGGGCUUUUAUAAAGAGCUAAUUUUCCACCAGCAGGUGAAGCACUGCCUUCAGGACUUCCUCUGCCACCCAAAGGUGCACAACAUGAGUUCUGCCUUCCUCACUAUGGAAUAGCACUUUUUUGGCCCUCACAGGAAAGAUCCUUUGCCAAAGAGUCUUUGUUUCUGAUUCUUUUUCUGCUGUACCCCAAUUUUUGCUCUUAACGUGGGUGGCACCAUUUCACUGGUUAAUCAGGGUUAACCCUAAUUAACCCUGAAACCAAGCCUAAAGUCAUCUGCAAAACAGGAUGCACAAACUUCUGCUGCCAUGUGCUGGCUUUGAGGAAAAGCACAUGAGCUUUUUCUAAUGUCCCACCGAAAUUGGUGGAACUGAGCAUAUGCUUAAAACUGACUGUAUUUUUAGGUUUUCUGCUGAAUGGUAGGUCUCAAAAUAAGUCCCUUAGCCAGUCCUAAAAAGUGAGGGUCUUUGCCAUGUUAGGUAUUCCAUGAAUCCAGGCCUGUACUUCACAUUCCUUGCUGUAUUCUGAGCAUACACUGAGUCUCACUGAACUUGCUUCCUUCCUGAAAGGGAAAUUCUGGUGUGUGUUAAAGCUCCAUGUGACUCCUGUCCCCAAGGUAAGCAUGUUCCAAACCCCUGUCUCCAGCUGCAUACACUGGUGAGCAGUGCCCUGUUUGGUUUGCUGUUGUGAUUACAUCUAAUUUCUAAUUGUCAAAGACAACUGGGAUUGCAGAUUAUGCUAAAACAGGCCAGAUCAUGUAAAAAGAAAUCAAAUAUUACACUUGAUUGUAUUUGCUGCAGAGACUGAGAAAACUGGAAGGAUGAAACUUCACAAAAGCCAGAAAUAUUUAAGAAUUCUUAGGGCAUUAGAGUAGCAGUAGCAUUUGAUACUCUGAGAAUCACUUCUGUUAAAGCUGUGCUUUAGAAAUACAUUAGCAGCAAUCCACACCAGCCUGUGUAUUUGAGUGAGUUGUAUCUUUCUCAGUGAGGAAAAAAGUAACAGCACAUAUAUAAAAAUAAGCAAUCACCAUGAGAAUUCACUGUUUCCCAUUUUUUAAAGGAUUUGUUUCUACAGUAUGUUUUUAAGAUCUCCUACUCGUAAAAGAAAGAGAUUUACAACUGGUCAGCAUGUAGGUAAAAUUACUCUAUUCUAAAUUAUUGAAUACAUUGUAUGUUAGAUUGUUUUGAAAAGUUAAUUGGUCUUCUGAAUAAUAUCAGGCUUGUCUCUAUAGGAUACCAAACUUGAGUGUUCAUUGUCAUCCUCAGGACACUCAGAUAUUUCCAUAAAGAUUUACCACUGCUGGACUGCUCAUUUUAAAAUACAUGUUAUAUGAAAUACUGACAGAACACCUUUCAGUUGUGUCUGUUUCCUCAGAAUCCUUUUCUUGGAAUAUCUUUGAAUAAUUUUCUAAUCACUGUUUUCUUUCAGAACUCUCUUCAAAUAUCCCACAAUUCUCUUGUCCCCUGACAUUUGCUAUUGAAAAGAACUUGCAGGCCUACAAUGCAAUUUGCCAGUUAAAAUCUACCCAUAAUUUCCUGGUAGUUCUCCUUUUUUCUGGAUAUCUAGUACUGGGGGGGGGGGGGGUGUUCCUUCCUUUUCUUUCUGAGCUCUUUGUGGCAGUUGUCUGCAUAAUGCCACAGUUGGCAUUAAACAGUCCAAACCUGCAGGAACAGUGCCUCCUCCUGAAGGAGUGGUUGUCCCAUUAGAAGAAGUCUCCAAAUAUAAAAGGAAAUUUUCUGCCUGUUUUUUUAGAGAGAAUUCCCAACUGCUAGUGAGUUGCAUUCACCAGGCACUGAAAAAAAUUGUGUCAUUCCUGAGCUGUGUGUGAGAGGCAAUAAUCUUCAUACAUAGUUUUCUGUUGCACUAUCUGCUAACCUUUGACUGCUCUUUUGGUUUAUUUUUCCUGACAGCUGAAGGUAUCUGCAGUCCACAGGCCAGUCAGUCCUUCUCUGUGCCUGCUCUGCCCUCUCUGUGCCCUCCAGACCUUGUGGAAUUACCUCCUAGUCCCAGCUGUACAGAAAUCAGGGUUGGCUGGGGGGACCCGACUCAUUCCUUGUGUAGCUCAGGUGGCUGCAAUACUCACAUAUAGUUUUGCAUUUGAAUGUGCUUUUUUCCCCCUUUCUCCUUGAUAGUGAUUCAACAUUUAGCACUGUUGUCUAGAUCUCUGAAGUACAGACUAAAUACUGGGUAGGCUACACCUUCCCAGAACAGAUCCAAAAUUACCAGGAGAUAUGUAGGUUGAGGGAAGCUGGAAUUCUUUUCACGUGUGAAUAUGCAACUUUUCUAAUUUAAGAAAGACUUAAACCUAUUAUGCAAUUUUUUUAGUUUAUUCAUAAACUCUGAUACAAAGGUCUGUAACAGAGGAUGCCUAUGAUACAUAAUGGGUUUCAGUCACACUUUAUAUUAAAGUUCCAUUUAAAAUGCUUUAUAAGGAGUUGAUAAACCACAGACUUUACAAGUAUAUUUUCAGAAGUGGGUAUCAGUUGUAGCAUAUGGAUAACAAGCAGCUCAUUCAGAAGAACGUUUUGCAGGUUAUCAAAAGUAACUGCAGGUAUUUUUGAUUUUAAAAAGUUGAUUAACUUUUUGUUCUAUAAAUGCAAUGUCCCAGCUUUCUUUAGCAAUUAGUUGCUUCUUCCUAAGUCAAAGGUAACAUUUAGGGUAUCAGUGAAGGAAAGAUGCUGUAGUUGAAAAAUUUUGUGUUGCUUAUUUCUUAAGAAGUCUAAAUAGGCCAAGUGAAGUCUUCAGAGUCAUCUUUUCUCCAGCUGAACACUGGUGUGAGCAGAGUUCCUGGGUCCAGAAGGACUGAGCAGACCCCGUGGACAUCUGAGGCAGGGUCAGUCCUUGCACAGGGCACAGUCAGGGUCAUCUACUUCUCGUGUGAUGAAUGUGUAGAUAUCAAAAAUGCACAGCACAGAUCUGACAAAAUACUGCCCUCCAACUCUCCAAUUCUGCAAACACUUACACUGGUGCUCAACUUCACCCACCUGAACAGUCUCCUGACAGCAAGGAGUCUGCUGCUUUUCAGAAACUUCCAGAAAGUGUCAAGGAAAAGCGUGAAUGUUUUUAUCAAGGCCUGAGCCUUCAGCCAGUGUCUGUUCCCCAUAGGCUGCCUGAUGUUACUCUUCCAGCAAGAGAAUCAGUGAGAAUUUUGCCUGAGGAGUAGAGGGAAACCUUAGGCCUCUUUAAGCUAAAUCUGCUGUCCCCUGAAAUCUGAGGACAGAAUCCCAUUAGUAGUGGGGGCCUUAAAUCAGGUGCUUCAUUGACAUGUAAAAUACUUGCAAGCUGGACAUGAAAGUGGAGUAUAAGCUCAUAAGGGAGUAAAGUCUUCAUAACACUGGGAGAGUUUUGCACAGGUGAAAACCCAUAUGUUAAUAAAAACCACAAUAAUCUCAAAUAAACAUAGGGCCAGAGAAACAAAAUAACCAAUGCUGAUUGUAGAUUGCUUUUCAGCUUAGUAUAUUUGAAGUCUCUGUCAGUGUAUUUGAAGAGUAUUUGUUUUAGAGAAUGGCAGCUUACGAGGAUCACCAAACAUGUACAGCAUAGGAGUGAAAUUAUUUCAGUAACAGACACUAGUAUCUAUUUUAAUUUGCACAUGGAUUUUCCAGUGUAUAUGACUAAAACACUGUAUUGUUAAAAAUGAGAGGAAAAUAACACAAAAGUGUUUGUAAGUAUGUUCUAUUUGUAGACUUAAGGCUGUAUUAUGUUGGAAUUUUACAAACCAAGUUUAAAUUGUAAUAUAGAAAUUAUUUUUAUAUUAUUUUCAAAAUAUGCUACAGAGCAAUAUUUUGCGCCUUUAUUAUAAGCAGGGUCAUAAUUUUAGAGGUUCCUUUCAGAAAUGCUGGUAGAAAUUAACCAUGAAAAGAAAGCUUUGUAAAUGUAAUUGUUUCUAACUGCUCUGUCUGUUGUGCACAUCUAUAUCUAAUGUCAGUUGAAUAUACAAAUUUUUUUUAAUUGAAAAGCUUUAAAUUUUUCUUUCUAUAUUUUUAGUACAACACUAUUCCUCCCUAUUUAAUUCCAGUCUCUACCAAUAGCCACUUUUAUAAGCAGCUUCUGAAUAAACAUUCAUCAAAAAUUUCCUUACCAAAUGAAACAUUUCUGUGCAGAUACUGAUUGACUUGGGACAUUCAUAAUACACCCUGAACCCAUUAGAAUAGGAUUAGUUUACCUUUUUUUUUUUUUUUUUAAACAGAAUCAGAGAUUUAUUAUUCCUUCAGGACGAAAACCAAGAAUGAAUAACUUGUGCAAUCAUUUUCCAUCUGUGGGAAGAAAAUCACUCUAGAUCACAGAAGUGUCAUCACUGAUAGGCAGAUACAUCGUGUCUUAACAGAUCUCAAAUAUGCAUUCGCUUCUUGCAGGUUGAAGGCUUCAGAUUUUAUUUCUUCAUCAUUCUUUCUACUGUACAUAUCAAUUACUGAUGAACUGUGCAAAAAAAAAAAAAAAGACAUCAGAAACUAAUGUAUAUGCUAAAUUAGGAAUGUGUGUAGUUUUUAAAAUUCCCUAACUUUCAUGGUUUAGUUUGUUGGGAUUUGCUUGUUUGUUUAAGAAUUACUAUUAAGGUACCGCAACCAAAAUGUUCCCAUCUGGAUGCCCAGUGAUUCUGGGUUUGUACUGGUAAAGAGAUUGGGGUUAGGAUGUGCUGAGCAUCAACUUCUGCAGAAUGAAAAGCUCGCUCUUGGUUUCAGAAAAUCAAGUGAACAUUACUCCAGCCCAUAUCAGGGCCUUUCUUUAUUAACACUCUACUCUUUCAGUCAAUGGAAUUUCCAUUUUUUCUUUAGUGAUUUUCCACAUGUGAACAAAUAAUUGGGCUUAUUCAUAAAGUGAUUGUUUGAGUAUGGAGAGACUUGCCUUGAACCAAAACACCAUCUAAUUGUUUAACUGUUGCAUUCUUAAUGGAGUAGUAUAUUCCGCUGGCUGGGGGGGGGGGUAAGACCUUAUUUAUUCCUUGGAUAUCACGGUCACAUUGCUUUGUUUGGUUGGGAUUUCUCCUCUCAAGUGAAUAAGCUAUUCUGAUUGCUGUUUUACCUCCCAUUGCCUGAAUGCAUGUAUUGUGUCGAGAGAAUUGAAAUGGCCGAUGCACAUUUGCACUGUGGAACAGGCAAUAUGGGUAAAAGCCACCAUGUUCCAAGCAGCCUUAAAAUUAUGACUCUCUGGGGACUGAGAGUCACUUAACUGGAUGCGGCCUCUGUCCCACUUCCUCGUUCACCCAUGACUGUAGAACACUCAAGCCUGCUGUGGUCUGUGUACACAUAUUUGAAUAACCUGUAAUCUUAACAUUUUCUUUCAAAAAUUGUGACUGUGUGUCAGGAAACCUUAAUCAGAAGAGGAGAUGGAGUAAAAACAGAGAGAGAAUGGUAGGUUGUGGGGUAACCAGGGCUCCAAAAUCCUAAAAAGAGGGAAAAUAGUUGAUGUAUCAAAAACUAUUUGCUGUUAAGACUGUAAGUUUUGUAGAUCUUCCUGUAUUUUGGGAAAACAGAGAAAUUCAUCUCUGCAUCUAAUGUAGCCUCUUUGUUGCAGAGGUUUGCUGUUGGGAAAGAAGGGAGAAAAGGAAGUUUUCUUCCCUUCUUAAAGCAAAUUCUAGUGGUAAAAUCAUCUGAGAUUGCAAAACAUAUGAUCCUAUGUUGAAACUAAACAGUGCCUAAUUCCUGUGUGUGUUGUGUAUUUCAUUUGCAUUUUGCCCCUUUCAAAUCCCAUUUCUUUUAAAAAAAGGGAGUGGGGGAAAUUUAAAGAUUUGGCUUGUAUGUUAGUGACCCAUUUCUUCCUUUUUUGACAUGAAAAUGGAAUUGCACUUUCCUUCUUGGGCAAAGCUGAGAGAUAAAAGCCACCUUUAUAAGUAAAUUCCAUAUAACUGCUUUGCCACAGAAUGAAGUUAGAAGCCCUUGGCACAGCAGCUUUGCCUGAGGAAGCCUGACAGUGUGGGGGGAGCCUGAGAGCCGUGGCCAAAACAGCAGCUCAGGGUCACUCUUGCCUUUGAAACAGAUGCAGUUCAUUGUGGCCCGUGAUGUCUGAACAGCACCUCUGUAGUAAAGGUGAAGUGGAACACUGCCUCAUUACCAUUUGCCUCCAGAUUUAAGUAACACAGAGUCUCUUCCCCAGGCUUUUGGUUCAAAUAUGCAGGAGAUGCAGCACCAAACCUGGCAUCUCCGUUCCGUGGGCUUGCAGUCAGGUCUAAACAGAAACACAGCCAUGUGGGCGGGGCAGGAGCGUUCUCGUCUCUCAACUUUGCAAAUCGUGUGCACUUUUAAUACUGACAGAAGUUAAGCAAUGGUUUUAUUGUUUAUUUGCUCAGUAUUCUGAGUACUGUAAAUACAGUCUUUGUAUAAUGCACAGUGUGUGUACAGUACAGAAAUGCUUUGCAUGCACGUGGUGCUGGGCUCUGCUCAUCCACCAGGACCAAGGAGAACAAACAGGAUUGAUGCCCAGACUAAAUAAUGGAUAAAAUCAGCCACACAGACUUAAGCAGUCAGAAGUCCCCAACCCUAGUGUUGUGGGCCAGCUCUGACAGCUUUGUAUAAAAUUCUAUCCCAGUGAUCUAGAUUAGGUUUAUGGGAAGGAGCAAUUGCUUCUGUGUCUUUUCCAAGCCCAUUGCUCUGAGCCUGCUAGUUCCUUCUGCAGCUGCACUGUGCCAGGCUUAGCACAGUCAGCUGGGAAGCAGUUUUUAAAAUCUGCACAGAGUUCUUGUUUUGUUUUGGAAUCCAUCUAGAGUUUCACUCUGCAUUCAAUUUUAAGACAUAAAACACUGUUAUGAACUUUUCAUAAUGCCUUGAAGUUGCCUCUUGUGGGGCUGAAAGACUUUUGUUCUCCUUGGAAGGCCUUGUUCUUCCUCAUUGAUUCUUGUGACUGACAUUUUUGUAUGGAAAACGUUGAAUGAAACACUGAGCAUCUCAAUGCUGUUUACAUGUGUUUCUGCCAUUUGGACGCACUGUGUUGUUAAAGCCAAUGCUUCUCAGACAUGGGCAGAUCUUGAAGGACAGUCUGAAAUACUAUAUACAGAAGGUAUUUGGAGUUAAUUCAUCAUAACUUUACUACUGCUAUUGUAUCAAAUGCCCCCCAAAUUUGUUUGUACAUCUAUUUUGCUAUUGCUAACAUUUUUAUUUUCAUCUUACAGUUUCUUAGACAAAUUCUAAAGCUCUUUAUCCCUAAAGCCUGUGGUAGAUUUUCCAAUAAAGAAGACUUGGCUUUCUCAGUUCAGUUUGCAUUAGAGUGGCUUGUCUCCCCAAGCAAGAAUUAAAGUAACUCAGAUGUCCCACCCUUGGUCUAGAGUUCAUUUACUUAUUAACUGAGGAUCUUUGUUCAAGUAUAACCAAAGAUAAUUCUAUAAAGUUUAAAAUAUCAGAAUAGGCAAUGUGACUUUCUAGUAAGAACUGCUGGCAAAAUCAGCAUUUUUUAACCCACAGAAAUGUACAAUAAAGAUAUUUGUACUUGAAGCCCAUAUUUCAAAGAAAGAUAGUAGUUGGCUGUCACUGGGGCUUAAAGAAAUGGUAAUAGGGAAUAAAGUAAGUCCCAUUGAUUUUUGCUUGCUAAGAAUUCAAAUUCUUGGUAGAAGACUACCCUUCUCAUUUUUCAGAGUCUGAGCUUCUUAGUGUCUUCUAUAAAUUUACAUUCUCUUAGCAAAGAUUGCUUUAGGAUUUCAAAAAACAACAUGAUAGCUAUUACAGAAAUCUGUUUAAAGCUGAAGUGACUUUUCAAGUUUCUUCUUUGACCAUUUUCAUGCAAAACAUUUAUCCCAUAUGAAAGGAGUUAAUUUCUCUUUUCCCAUUCCCCUCCCUAUUCCUAAUUUCAAGACACGAUUGGUUGCAGUCACUUUUGUCUGCAAAGAAAACAGUUGAUCAUUUUUAAGCUGACUGCCAUCUUGUUUAAAUCCAUUGUUCAAAAGAAACAGGAUCAUUAAUUAAUGUUAAAUGAUAAUGAAUAUUUUUUGUUGUGAAAAGUGUGAGAUCUUGAGAACCUUUUCUACAUGCUGUUUUCAUUCAAAUUCAAUUUAAAUGUCAUUUUUAAUCUGAUCCAUAUUUUGACAAAGAUGAUGUGUGAGAGCUGUUUUUAGCAGUUGGAUUGUUACUUUGUAAAGUAUUAAAGCACUAAACUAAUUUUUGCAAUAGGUAGAAAAACUUGCUUUUGUUUUGAAAAACUUCCAGUAUAACUGUCGCACUUUUUAUAGCAGAACUGUAUUUAAUUUCUUUCUUUUAUGAAAGAUUACUCAAAGUAACUGAUAGCUCUGUAAUCUGUGUGAAUUGGCUUCUCCAUUAUUUGAAACUGAGAGAAGCUAUGAUGCCUAUUCAAUAAAAUUAACUUAUUUCUAAAGUA